AAACAAAUACUACAAAUUUCACAAGAUACACUCAUCUUUUAAGCAGACCCUGUAGUUUCACUUCAGCGCCUCCACCUCAUUCUCUCAUAUCACUUCCCCUCUCUCCGACGUAGUUUUGCUUCCCGAUUAGGGCUUUUCUCCGCCGCGCUUCGCAAUCUCCAAUCACCGAUUCCAUGGGCUCCGAAGAAAUUAGGACUCUCUCUCGCACAAGUCGAGCUUGCCGCUUGAAGUGAAUUGAUCAAAACCUAAUAGCAAAGUUUGAGUCGAUAAGACUGAUGCUGCUCUUUACUCUCCUUCCGGCCCUCAAUUCCAUCUGGGUUCUUUAAAAUCUUCCUCUUCUGUUUAAUCAAUUUUACAUCUAUAUCUUAUUUUCUCAUAUACUAAACUGAAUCUCCAUAUUUCGAAAUGGGGUUUAAGAUAUAUAUAUUUGUGUGUAUGUAUUGUGAUUGUUGGUAGUUAAUUUGGGUGUUUAUAGAUGAAUGGUUAUUGUUGUUGGUGAUUCUUGAAAGACCCAUUUGAAAUUUAUGUGUAUUGAGAAUUUUUUACAAUCUUUUGUCAAGGUUCUGGUCAUUUUAAGGGUUUUCAGUGGGAAGAAGGAUAAGAUUGAGCCGUUCUUUGAUAUACUUGAGUUUCUUUGAUUGUGUUUUUGCUGGAUGAUAGUAAAGAUUGGUUCUUUAUUUUGCUAGAUUGGAAUGUUGUUUUUGUAUUUGCUUGAUUGGGCUGUAGAAAGUUUCAUCAUGGUCCUCAGACAGUUGUUAAUAACCGCAAUAAGGCUUUGAUUCUGAUUGAAGCGUGGGGGGAGUGAGCUUCGCUAUUUGCGUGUUUAUGAGGAGACGUACAAGAGCUUGAGGUCCAGAGGUAUACGCUUUCCUGAUCGUGAUGGUGAAAGUUUGGCUCCUAUAUUCACUCCACCUCGUUUGACCACAGCACCGGAGCCAAAUGCGAGCUUAGCACAACAAAUGUAUAAUGAGGUGAUCUGACACCGGCGCACCUGGCAAUUGUGAUGGAGUAUGCAUCUGGUGAAAAACUAUUUGAACGCAUUUGCGCAGCGGCUAUUGGAAAGCUUCAAGCUAUAUACCAGCAGAAAGCUACAAAGGCAGAACACAAUCUCGGAGAAGAUGGAUCACUUGCGUUUGCCUUCAGUCCUCUCCUCAAUGAAUCAAUGUUGCCCUGACAAGAGCAAGGUUUGUGUAUGUGCUCUGUUAUGUAAAAUAUUAACUGGAGCUCCCAGAGAGAUGAACUUGGUUGAUUGGUUUGAAGUGAUGGUUGAUUGGCAGAUGUGCUUUUGUAGUAUGGUUUAUAUAGAUUUUGGUACAAGCUCUGAGUUUGUUCCAAAAUAUAUCAUGUCUGAAUUUUGUUAUUUUCAUUAUAUUAUCAAUUUUAUGCUGCCUCUUAUAUGACUUGAUUCACUUUACAACUUGAAAAUAUGGUGAUGUUGUUAAAAAAAGAUAGGAUUAUUGUGAGUGUCGAGAGAUGUUUUAUUCAGUUUCAUAAUAAAAUGACAUUGUAUAAAGCCUAAGAAAAAAUAAAAAUCACAGAGAAAUGCUUUGGCUUUGAGACUUCGUUUCCACAGGAAAAUUUUAAAAACAUUGAAUGAGAGUUUGAGUCAAUUGAGCCAGCGCAAGAAGAGUCUCUGAUGGAGCCGGUGCAUUCCUAGAGAAGGCUGAAUAAUUAUUGGAAUAUAAAGUAGCUAAUUAUAGGUGAUAAAGUAAUCACAUAUAUAAUCUGCGGACAGGCUAUAUGUGCAACAAUGUCUUUUUUUUUUCCAAAUUCAAGUUGUCUGACUGAAAUCUCUAAUUAUGAUUAUUCUUUUUUCCAUAGGAAUUUGGUAGAUAAUCAACUAAGUGGAAGCAUAUUACUGGAAAUAGUAAGUGGUCAGAGAAACAACUCUGUAAGUGAUCAUGUUGUGUUCCUUUAGGCUUGGAAUUCUUCAGCACUAAUAAUACACAUGAUGUAUCUCUACACAACUUCAAACAAGUCCAAGCCCAUCUCAUAGUUACAGAAAUUUGGCAGAUACUCACCUAAGUGGAAGCAUACUACUGGAAAUAGGAAGUGGUCAGAAGUUUCUCUGCAAGUUUGAUCAUGCUUUUUCGGUACCCUUUUAUGGUGCAAUGGGCAUCGCCCUCAAACUACACACCUCUUUAUUCAAAGGGAAAACCCGAUGAGUUGGAGUACAUGGUUCAGAGAAUGAAGACCGUGUCCUUGAAACAUAAAGAAGCAAAGGUGCCAAACGAAAGCAGAAUCAUGGUGUGGAAGUAGUCUUUAUUAUUUUAUCUGUGAUUUUAUUUCUGGAUGUUAGAAAAUUAGUCUUCAAUAUUAGUGAGAUGAAUAUGUGAAAUAGGUAUCUAAAAAGAUAAAGCCAGUUUAAGAUAUAUGUUUUUGUUAAUUCUUGGCUAUUUGUAUUGUUUUCUUAUAAUUUUAAUUGGUUCUAAUUUUCAA